GGUCUUCCUCCCAAAAUUCCCAAAUUUUAGUUCCCGCUGAGCGGGGCGCCUCUUUAGAUUUUCGUUUCCUUUCUCUCGCCUCCCUCCGCUCUUUCUCUCUCCUCGGAUUGCCGGCGACGACCAUUUUUUUUGAUCCUGGUCAAGUAUCGUUAUCGUCAUUAAAUCUCAUCCUGUGACAAAGGUGCUUAGUUUGUGUGGCGUUUGAAUGUCAAUGAGAAGUGCUUGCUAGGAAGCUGUUACUUUGUUGAAAUAUCAAAUAUCUUUAUUUUUUUCCUCCAUUACCAUAUUGAGAGGUUCAAGAGAAAGGACUCGUUUCUUUGUUUUUUGUGACUGGGAGCAUAAUGUGGAGGAAGGUUUUGUUUUUGCGGUUAGCCAAUCUCACAUGAGGAGUUUCAAGGAUAGCUUUUUUUACAAGUUACAAUGGAGUGUAAUAAAGAAGAGGCUCUCAGAGCCAAGGAGAUCGCUGAAAAGAAAAUGCAACUCAAAGAUUUUUUGGGGGCCAAAAAAGUUGCUCUGAAGGCUCAACAGCUCUUCUCAGACCUUGAUAACAUCUCUCAGAUGAUAACAGUUUGUGAAGUCCAUUGCCGCGCGGGGCUUAAGGUCAAUGGCGAAAUGGAUUGGUAUGGUGUUCUCCAAUUAGAACAAACAGCCGAUGAAUCAUCGAUCAAGAAGCAGUAUCGCAAGCUUGCUCUUCUGCUUCAUCCAGACAAGAACAAGUUUGCUGGUGCUGAAGCAGCAUUUAAGCUGAUUGGUGAAGCGAAUAUGAUAUUGUCUGAUCGAGCUAAACGUUCUGUGUACGACAUGAAAAGAAGAGCUAAUAUUACGACAGCUGUGUCGAAGCAACCUGCACAAAAUGCAAAUAUGACCACUUUUCCUAGAAAACAACCUGCAGUUCAGCACAAUUUUACAAGCACUGCUACGUUUCACUUUGGCAACAUAAACCAGCAGCAGUCAGUUGGAUCCCAAACUUUUUGGACCAUGUGUUCAGCUUGUUGCAUGAAAUUCCAAUAUUUCCGGAACCUUUUGAAUAGAUCUAUCCGCUGUAAUAGAUGCUUGCAACCUUUUGUUGCAAUGGAACUAAAUGAACAAUCUGUGCCACGCCCUUGGGAAAGUUCUAAUUUACAUAGCCAUACUCAAAAUUCCAAGCAAGAGGUUCCAUUUCAAGGAAGCACUUUUGGCAAUUUUUCUUUUGCCACGGGUUUUCAAGGAAAUGUUGCUGGAGGAUCUAGUUCUGGAGUCAAUAUGGACCGUUGUGGGAAAAAGGAGGAUGGUAACAAGGUAAAGCCUGAAAAAGUAAAUACAGCAAAGGCAGGUAGGAAGGAGCGACCGGUUAAGCCUUCGGCUCAAAAUUCACGCAAAAAGAAAGGUAGAAAGAUGGUCAUAGAAUCUAGUGAUUCAGAAAGUAGCACUGACCUUGAGUAUGAAGCUGCCGAAGAUAGUGUCCAUGUUGAAGAACAGAAUAUUGGGACUAGUAAUGGGCGUUACCCACGACGAUCUAGCCGUGUAAAGCAAGAUGUUACAUAUAAUGAACGUCAAAUUGAUGAUGAUGAUGAUUUUGUUAGUCCUAAAAGAUUAAGAAAGGCUGGAGCUUCUGGUGGCAUCCAUAACAAUGCUAAUGAUGAUCGGAGAAAAAGCGCAUCUGAAGAGAACUUACCUAAUGGAGAUGAACCAGUCAAGAAAUACAAGGUGCAUGAAACUGAGCAAGAACCAAACGUUACUUCGGAGCCUGUGGCCUCUUCAAACGUUAGGUCUUUCUCUUCUCCCGAUUCUGAAUUUUAUGAUUUUGAGCAGGAGAGGGAUCCUAGUAAAUUUGCAGCUGAUCAGAUCUGGGCUGUCUAUGAUGACUUAGAUGCAAUGCCGAGAUUCUAUGCUCGGAUUAGGCAAGUAUUUACCCCAUUCAGGUUGCGUUUCACUUGGCUAGAGUAUGUCCCUUUUAGAGAACAUGAAUCAGAAUGGUACAGUGCCGAGCUUCCAGUUGCCUGUGGAAAGUACAGGCACGGCAAGUUAGAAUCCACCACCACUGUGGAGAUGUUCUCUCAUCAAGUUUCUUGGAAGAGUGGCGGAGGCGCAAACCGGAAUACAUAUGAUAUGUAUCCUCAUAAGGGUGAGAUUUGGGCUCUUUUCAAGGGUUGGGAUGCUGGGUGGAUCUCUGAUGCAAACAGUCAUAGGCUUUAUGAAUAUGAAGUCAUUGAAGUCCUUUCUGAUUUAUCUGAUGGCAACGAUUUUUAUGUUGUCGAUUUAGUCAAGGUACAGGGAUCCGUGAGCUUGUUCAUGAGAUCAGUGGUUAAUGGAAAGCGUCGAAUACUCCGUAGUGAAGUACUUCGAUUUUCUCACAGGAUUCCUUCCUAUAGACUGUCUGGGGGUGAAAGAGAGGGGGUUCCAGAAGGUUCUUUUGAGCUUGACACUGCUUCUUUGCCGAAUAAUUUUGGAGAUGUCUUUCCUUCUGUUUCUCCUGACACUGCUUCUGUUAAAGCAAUGAGCAUGAAACUAAAUGAGGAGAAUGAUAUGGAGACUAGGGGGAGUAAAGGUGUUUCCGCUGAUGCGCUAAAUCGGGAUUCGCCUAAUGAAGACUGGUUCCAUGACUUUCAUGAAGAUAAGACCAUCGAUACUUUUCAACGUGGACAAAUUUGGGCAGUUUACAGUGAUAUAGACCAGUACCCAAAGUUCUACGUAAUGAUAAAGAAAGUUGAUGGUGAUGAUAUAGCCGUAUCAUGGGUCGAGCUUUCCCCCCAAGGAAAAGACGAGGAGAAGUGGAUCAAGAAAAAUCUUCCAGCUACCUGUGGCAGAUUUAAAGUUGAGCGUGCAACAAAUGAAACCUUUGAUACUGCUCACUUUUCUCAUAUGGUGCAGGCUGAAGACGGGAAAAAGUGGGAGUAUGAUAUUUAUCCAAGAACCGGUCAGGUUUGGGCGCUGUACAAAGAUUGGAGCAUGGACUGGUCAGAAGAAGACUUGAGUAAAUGUGAACACUACGUGGCAGAAAUCCUCGAGGUUACUGGUUCUGUAGUGAAAGUUCUGCUGUUGACCAAGGUUGUUGAUUAUAAUUUCGUAUUCAAGCCUGAAAAGGAAGGAGGAGUUGAGCAGGUUAUGGAGAUACCGUUAAGUGAAAAUCUGAGAUUCUCUCAUCAAAUUCCGGCGUUCCAGCUGACAGAAGAAUUUGAUGGUUCGCUCCGCGGCUAUUGGGAACUCGAUUCUGCAUCGGUACCAAAACCAUAUAUUUAAAUUAAUGUAACUUUGUUUUGAAUUUUGAAAUAGAAAUUUAUCAUCUCUGAAGCUAGAACUGUUCCCUGAAGUGUCACGAGCGAGUCCUUUGGAAAUACAGUGAUAUCUAUAUGUUCAUAUCUAAUUUCUCUUUGAAACGCAUCAAUGUCUCUCUGGUUUUUAUCAUAAAAAAAUCUUUCUAUUUUAAGCCAUA